UUUCUUUUGUGCAGCGCACUCAUCCGCCCUCCUUCAGGAAACUUCAUUCACGCACAGCCACGCAGCAAUGUCACUCGCACUGUCAUGUGGCAUCAGCAUCAUGGCUGCCAUUGUGCUCAGAAACGAGGACAAGUCGGACCAAAAGUUGUACGCGAGAUACUUGGCAGCUGAGAGUGUGGAGGGGAAAUAUCUGAGGAGUGUGGCUCAUUCGAGGGAAUGCGCACGCACCGUUGAGGAGGAGGAGCCCCAGUCAUCACCAGCGCACAGAGAAGCGGGAUUGAUGGACGCGAUCGAGAUCGAGGAGGUAGAAUCUUUGCCGUGCGUGGCAGAAGGAACCUAUCGACUUCCGUCCGGCUCCAGGGUCAUCUUUGGUGUGCGCCUCAAUGUUGAAAAUCUGGAUCUGGACUCGCUGCCGCUGCAAAUCCGUAUGAAGCACGGCAGUCUGUAUGCUCCAUCCACCCCCAAGCAAGACGAAUCCUCGCAGACGGCGCCUGUGAUCUUGGUCAGGCAUAUGACGAUCAAGAAGGAAGAUGGCGAGAAGGAAGUACGCGCUGCGGAGGACAGGGAUCACGACCCUCGGGUGCGAUGGUUCGAUGCUGGCUUUCCGCAUGGCGUGGAAGGAUUGAUAAGCACAGAGAAGAGGGAGCUGCAAGCAUUAGACCAGGUGACGACGUUCGAGGUGUACAGGUCGCUGCCCGCACGACUGGACUUUGACGACGAAGGUGCAGGCACGACAAAGGAAUUGAAGUGGGAGGAAUUGCCGUGCAAGUUGUUUAGGCUGCACCACGAGCACAUGAAGCGCGCCCAAAUGACGGGAGAGUGCUCCGAACUCGAGAUUCCCAAAACGGUCCGCAUGAGCGAAAAGGACUGAUCGAUGCAAGCUCUGAGCGUCAUUCUUUCGCUUGUGAUUGUCAAUCUCGACGACCUCUUUGGCGGCGGGAGACUUGAGCAGCACACAGAUUUGGCCUCGGGCUCUCACCUCUUUAGCUCAGUCACGACCGCCCAAAGUGCGGCCAUGACAGCUUCAAGAUCGACAGUGGACCCAUGUCUGGCUGCCAGCUGCUCUUGGUCAGAUCGUCACAUGGGAUGGCAGCCCUACGUGCUACGAAUCGACGUUCGUAGCCAAGUCGUGGUCAGCGAGCGAGCUCUAU